GGGAGACAUGGCUGGACCUGUUGAUUGGGAUCUUACUGCGUCGAGAAACACGGAUAUGAAUUUAGGAUUUCCUUAAAUUUCAUCUUCAUGCGCAACAGGUUGCAGCGAGUGUCACUAGUGUGAGCUGGAACGGCUGCUGUUUCUGUGAUGACACCAUUCCCAGGGUCCUUCUUCCAGCACUGUCCCCACAAGAUGAUCAGGCUUUGAUCUCGACACCUUUUAACAUGAGUCUCAUCUUCCAGUCCUCACACAUCCCUCAGUGGUCAGCAUCACUGGCACCCAUUGGGAAAACAGGAAAAUAUUCACAGAGUAUAUGGAGCCAAUAUGGAUCUGACCCCCGAUGUUUGCUCAGUGACACUGGAAACAAACAUGAUUUGGAGUUGCAUCUCUCCUGUGACUGAAUAAAAUUGAAACAAGAGGCCAAUGAACCAUUUUUGUUCAGUAAAUUCACAAGAUUUGUUAUAAAUUGUCAACUAUUUCUUUUCUGACCUGUUGAGACAAACCUUUAAGGUGGGAGAGAAUUAUUAUUCUAGACGUUUAUACUCACCUUCUCACCAUGGAGGCCUCUGGUCACCUUCUCAGUUCCCAUCUUUGAAGUGGUCCUCUUGGGUGUGGAUGUCACUGGAGUCGCUGGACUGUGUUGAAUGUUUUCUUUAAUGUACCCCUCAGUGUGACUGCUUUGUUUACUGACUGUUUCCUUAAUUCAGGAUGUUGGCUUACUAAUUUCAGGCUGUUUGAUUGAUUUCAAGUUAAUAACCCUUACCUGAUGAGCUUGGACUGACAGCAGUUUGGAAUUCUGAGGCUUCAUGUACUUGGCUGCAGAACUGAAGAAGGCCAUGUUUUUGCCUUGAGAAAGCUCGGAGUGUGAAGCCAGAUCAUCAGUAGCAGCAGAAAGGGGAGGGGCAGGAGCGAGUGGAGGGGCAGGGGGCUCGUGGCCAUGGCAGAGCACGCAGAGCUGCUGGCGGAGAUGUCAAGUGUUGGGCGCUUGUCUGCCACCGAGCGCGUCAAACACGCACAGAAGCGGCGAGCACAGCAGCUCAGGAGCUGGGCGGUCAUGGAGAAGGAGAAUGCUCACAUGUCCAGAGGGACCCAGAAAGGCGACAGGGAAAAACAUAGCGGGAAGGAGCGCAGCAAGAAGGUGACGUUCCCUAGCAACAUCACCCUACUGGAGGCAGCUGCCAGGAAUGAUCAGGAGGAAGUGAGGCAGCUCUUGAACAGUGGUGUUAGUCCGGACCUGUUUAAUGAAGAUGGUCUCACGGCGUUGCACCAGUGCUGCAUCGAUGACUUUGCAGAUGUGGUGCGCUGCCUCCUGGAGAUGGGGGCGAGCGUUAACGCCUGCGACAGUGAGCUGUGGACACCCCUGCAUGCAGCUGCCACAUGUGGACACACAGGCCUGGUGCAGCUUCUUGUGCAAGCGGGUGCAGAUCUAUUGGCAGUUAAUGCAGAUGGUAACAUGCCCUAUGACCUGUGUGAAGAUGAAGCUACCCUGGAGUUGCUUGAGGUGGUCAUGGCUGAACAGGGCAUAACCCAGGAGCGCAUCGAUGAGUGUAGAGGAGCCAAAGAGAAGGAGAUGCUUGCAGGCAUUAAGCAGCUAAUUGAGGCGGGAUCAGACCUCAACAUCCCACAUGAGCACGGGGCUACUCUGAUGCACAUCGCAGCUGCUAAUGGCUACCUCUCUGUGGCAGAGGUCCUGCUGGAGCACAGUGUGUCUGUGGAGGAGAAGGACGAUGAUGGCUGGACACCGUUACAUGCCGCCUCCUGCUGGGCACAGAUCCAUAUGGUGGAGCUACUGGUGGCCCAUGGGGCAGAUUUAAAUGCCAAGUCUGUCCUGGAAGAGACUCCUCUGGAUGUGUGUGUGGAUGAGGAGGUGAGGACCAAGAUGAUGGAGCUAAAACACAAACAUGAUGCCAUCAUGAGGAGCCAGGAACGACACAAAGGCACAUUACAGAGACGAGCAUCCAGUGCCAGCAGCAGAGGGAAGGUGGUGAGGCGCACCAGCGUGAAUGAGCGAAGCAGUCUGUACAGGCGGGAGCACCACAAGGAGGCGAUGGUGUGGCAGAGUAGGGGCCGGCAGGCGGAGGUUGUGGAUGAUGACGAGGACAGGCAGACGGACGCAGAGCUGACACUGGUGGCAGGCGUGAGCAGAAUCCCAGCUGCUGCACUGUGGCCAGAGGACAGGGAGGAAGGUGGGAGUCGAGAGUCCUUUCUAGGGAAUGGCGGGACCUUUAUCGCCCCCUCCUCCUCAACGUAUGUGGCAGGUGAACUGCGGGGAGGUGGGCGUCUGGACCGCAGCGCCUCUUACCAGCUGGCACCAGAGGCGGGGCCUGCUGAGUGGAGCAGUAACAACAUGAACAGAGAGAAAUCACACCAUACGCUGGCUGACCUUAAGCGCCAGAGAGCCGCAGCCAAGCUCCAGAAACGCCCUGCCCCUGCACCCCCUCUUGCUGCCCCCACGGCCCUGAAGGAGGAGCCAGCGUUGCUUGAGCUGGGCCCACAGGGCAGCACGCAGGAGGCACAGGAGGUGGUCACGCCCACCACAGUGUAUUUCACUCCUGCCAGCGGAGACCCUCCACUGCUGAAGCUCAGAGCACCAGAGGAAGAGACAACCAACACCAAAGAACCAUGCUGUGGACUGAUGUAGCAGUGAGAGUGUAACACACACACACACAGCCAAUGCCAAAGAACCAAGCUGUGGACUGAUGUACCAGUAAGAGUGUACAACCCCCCACUGCCCGCACAGACAACACCAUGCUGUGGACUGAUGUAGCAGUGAGCAUGUAACACACACACAGACUCAUCCACAUGUGCACUCAUACAUUUCUUCUGGUGAGGCUGAACACUAAAGACCUUUGCAUGUCAGACACAGACACACAGGCACAUGUGUUUUCAUGGACAAGUACAUACACUGCUGCAGAUGCUGUCAUAGUUCCACACACUCCCCACCAGCACACGUAGAGGGAGAUGACUCAGUGAAGAUGUCAUCCUGGUCAACUCUGCUUUGGUAUUCCAGUACAGACACAAAUUUUUAUGAGCAUGAAAAACAAACCAGUCAGUGAGUCCUGGACACAAUCACAAUAUUUUCUUUUCAUAAAUUCUGUAUUUCUUUCUUUAGCUAGCAAAUUAGUCCAUAAUCUGUACUGAAUAAGCCUUGAGUAAGUAUGAUGCUGUAAUGAAAUGUUACUCUUGUUUUUAUUAGUUCACAUACCUUCAAGGAAAGUUUGGUUUUUAUAUUAUGUACAUGAAUGCAUUUCUGUUGGAGAACGGGGAGGGUUUUACUCUUUAUUAGGGAUGAUAAAGCCCUCAAACUCCCAUUCCGUUCACUCUUACACUCUCGUUGCUAGGGUUAGGGUCAAACUCUCACUUCCUCUAACCCUCAAACUUUAAUUCCAGUAACUCUCAUCCUCUUCGCAGUAACUCUCAAACUCUCAUUCCCUGAGUGACAUGUAUAGUUCCAGCUCCCCCUUAGCUCAUCUGUGAUGGAGUGAAUAGCAGAGCCUGACUGUGAACCACAUCCACCUGUUCAGGGUUUAGUAGAGCUUAUACUUGAUCACCAGUUCAGGGUUGUCACUCAGUACUAGGUGAUCAGCUCAGAAUGUUAACAGAAUGUUGCUUUUUCUAUAUAUUACAGCGAGUCGCUCCUAUUGGCUGAUGAUGAAUCUGAUCCAUCCCUGACUUUGAACACACAACUCAUUUAAUAGCACUUUUAAUGUAAACAGACUGAAUCACACAUGGUAGAGCUCUUCCUCUUACCCCAGUCUUAAAGCAGGGAUGCUGAUCUGCUCUUAAACCAGGGUUAACCAGAAUUAAAGAGAAAGCAUAUUGAUAAACUUACACAACCUACAUUUGAUUAGCCAACCUUAACUUUCUUGGCAAUAAAAACUGGGUCAAUUUUUCCACAAAGUUGCAUAAUGUGAGAGUGAAAGAGAGAAGGGACAGGGAGAAGGGAGUACUAGAGAGGCAAAAAUGCCCUGCUGCACAUGUGCAGACCCCAGGUCUCUGGUCUCCUGAAAGACCAGAGUUGGUGUCUCAGCUCUCUCAUACAGUAAUAUACUAGCUGACAGAGACCCGGGUGGUAUGUAGACCUGUACAGGUCUGGGUGGUGUUGAGGGAUUUGGCCUCAUUAUCUCCAGUCUUCAGCUACAGUUCACCACAUCCACAACUUCAGUAGGCUUCAUGUUAAAUAUAAUAGAUUCUUACCUGAAUACUGAACAUGUUUUUGAAAAUACUGAUCAGGUAUUUGGGUAACCAUGCUAUGAAGGAUAAAUUAAUGGAUUGGAGGAAUCUCUUUAGAUCUGAGCCUAAUUGAUGAAGGUUGAAGAUUUUGAUGUAUUUAUUUGUAAUUUUAUUUAUUCUUGCCACUGAGAAAGUAGGGAGCGUACAGAUCCAGGAUGUUAAAUAUUUUUAAAAUGCUCUAAUUGUAAAAUUUGCUUCCCAUGAACAUACACUGAAUAACAGAAGACCUACUGUGCCUUUUCAGUCUGUUCUGGCUUUCAGUAAUUUUUGACUGAAAUAGUUAUUUGCUGAAACACACUAAGAAAUGCCUAUAUUUUAAUGAGGUUUGUGCAAUUCCUAUGCUGUUUUCUUGAAUUGUUAUGGAUUUCUAAUGAGAUUUAUAUGAAAAGCUAUUUUGAUAGCAUAUGGACAAAAUGUUUUCACAGAUGGAAAUAUUUUUAAAUUAGCUUUACAUUUCAGUUUGAAAAUACUGUACUUUAAACAACUUCUAAAUGUUAAUUCCUGAUGCAGUGUAUUUUUGUCUGUUUGUUUUGGUAUUUUAUAUUUACAUUUCAUAUUUACAAAGAUUUUACAACUAUCCCAACAAUAACCCUGACAUACAGGUUACCUCUAUAACAGUGUCAUGUUUGGAUGUAAAAAUGACCUUCUAAAACAUGAUUCGUUUACUAGGUCCCUGCAUUUAAUUAAUUUCUCAUUAGAUUAGUGUCAUUUCAUUGUUUAUAAACUUUGGUCUUGCAUUGCUGUAGAAACAACUACAGUUCAGU